AUGGCCGAAAACCUGUCCCCAAUUGGCAUUGCCAAUGUGCGUAUACUGCCCAUCAACAUGUCCCGCAGCACUGAAGCUAACAUGCACUGCAGCUGCCCAACCAGAGUCUCGCAGGUCGCUGGCGAGUCGGGUCUCGGAAAGACGACCUUCAUCAACACGCUCUUCUCCACCACCAUCAAGAACUAUGCCGACCACAAGCGACGACACCACAAGCAGAUGGACAAGACGGUCGAGAUUGAGAUUACCAAGGCCGAGCUCGAGGAGAAGUUCUUCAAGGUCCGCCUCACCGUAAUCGACACCCCUGGCUUCGGCGAUUACGUCAACAACCGCGACUCGUGGCAGCCCAUCAUCGAGUUCCUUGACGACCAGCACGAGUCGUACAUGCUGCAGGAGCAGCAGCCGCGCCGCACAGACAAGAUUGACCUCCGUGUCCACGCCUGUCUGUACUUCAUCCGCCCCACUGGCCACACCCUGAAGCCCCUCGACAUUGAGGUCAUGAAGAAGCUGUGCACGCGCGUCAACCUGAUUCCCGUGGUAGCCAAGGCCGACACUUUGAGCCCUGCAGACCUGUUCAAGUUCAAGCAGCGGUAG